UGGAACAAGUUCGUUAUUUGCGAGUGCGCCAUCGACACGCCAUUAAUGGUUGAGCUGCAGAUAGAAGUGUUCAGUAUCUUGUCGGUAUCCGAUUUUUUUUUGUUUGCAAACUAAGUAAAAUCACAAACAGAUAAACAUGUUCGAAGCUCGUCUCGAUAGCAGUGUUACGCUGAAAAAGGUAUUAGAGGCUAUCAAAGAUCUUCUCAACGAUGCCUCCUUCGAUUGCUCCGACACCGGCAUCCAAUUGCAAGCCAUGGACAAUUCUCACGUAUCGCUCGUUUCCCUCACACUGAAAUCCGAUGGAUUCGAUAAAUACAGAUGCGACAGAAAUAUCACGAUGGGAAUGAAUUUGGCAAGUAUGGUAAAGAUCUUGAAAUGUGCAAACAAUGAUGAUACAGUGACAAUAAAAGCGCAGGACGAUGCAGACACUGUAACAUUCAUGUUCGAAUCGAAGAAGCAGGACAAGAUCUCCGACUACGCAAUGAAACUUAUGAACCUGGACCAGGAACAUCUUGGUAUUCCCGACACCGACUUCUCUUGCGUGAUCCGUAUGCCGUCCAUCGAGUUCGCCCGCAUCUGUCGCGAUCUUGCCCAGUUCGGUGAAUCCAUUGGAAUUGCUUGCACCAAGGAGGGCGUAAAAUUCUCAGCUUCUGGUGACAUCGGCAGUGCGAACGUGAAGAUCGCGCAGACCAGCAAUUUCGAGAAAGAGGAAGAGUCCGUCACGAUCGAGAUGCAAGAACCGGUGGCGCUCACAUUCGCAUGUCAAUACUUGAAUUCCUUCACCAAAGCCACACCGCUCUCACCGCAGGUGCAACUCUCGAUGUCCGACAAUGUACCGCUGGUCGUUGAAUACACCGUACCCGAACUUGGUCACAUACGCUACUACCUUGCUCCCAAAAUCGAAGAGGAUGAGAAUUAAUUAUUUUAUUUGUACUAUAUUUCUAACUGUUUAUUAUAAGCUACAAUUGUCUAUUUUUUUUUAGUAAUAAAAGUCUUUAAGAAAAUA